AUGGAUCUUUACAAUUCCACCCCGCAAUUGUCUACGGUGCUGCCGCCUAUGGACUCAUCAGGUGAUAUCGUCUUCGCCGUGUGCCUUGGUUUACUGUCAAUCUUCGGAGCGGUGGGGAACUGUUUGACCAUUCUAGCCGUAAUCAUCGAUCGUAAACUACGCUCCCACACUGCAAACUAUUUUAUAGUAAAUUUAGCGGUGGCAGAUCUGAUGGUCUUCACCGCCAUUGAACCGUUCCUCUCUUUCAGUACAGCCAUGUCGAGAUGGCCUUUCUCGGAUACCCUCUGCGUUACCCUGGCAGCGUUGGUCAUCAAACAUUUGGUCGUUUCUGAUUUCAUAAUGGCGUCCAUUGCAAUCAAUCGAUACGUCAGCAUCGUCAGACACCGAAUAUAUCACAAAUUGUUCACACCGGGCCGCACCCUCCUGGUUUGCUUGGCGUGUUGGAUACCGGGAAUAAUCACGAUCAUCGUUCAGGUUGUCCCUCCAUAUUACGCCCAGUUCAUUCCUUACUACGGCACUUGCGUCAUCGUCUCGCUGCACAGCCCCGUCACCACAAGAGCUGUGUCCAUUCUCUCCGGAAUUGUUAUAUUGUUUAGUAUUUUAUUAAGUUCCUUGUGCUACGCUCUUAUAUAUUGGACCAUCAGGCAAAGUAAGCGACGUGUUCGUUCCAAUGGGCCGACCGGGAGCGGGAGCGCCAACACACCGACCGACCCAACGAGUGAUUCCGCCGGCUCUGCUGCAACGACUCAACCGGUGGUAAAUCGAAACAACUGUGCCUCAAAGGCUGAUGUCGCACUUUCCCUGAAUCUCUUCAUCGUGUUCGCCGUCUUCUGCAUCUGUUGGACCCCACUGGCCGUCGUCAUCAUCCUGGAGAACGCCAUCGUCGGGGGGAUCACCUUACAAAGUGAAAGACCCCUCCCAUAUUGGGUCUGGCCUGCCGCCUACAGAUUGGUAUUGUUUAAUUCCACCUUUAAUAUCUUCAUCUACGCGUGGAAGAAUCGUAACUUUAGGUCUGCUUAUUUUAGGAUCCUUCGGUGUCGCAAGUGUUGA